AACUGGUCAUAUAAAGGUAUGAAAGAGGGCUUUGAUAUCCAGGAUACAGCUGUAAUUACAUUAUUUGGUUCACUUUCACUUCUCAGGCCUCACAACCUUUCAAUAUUUCUGGCAGUUAAGAUGAAUUUGAACGUUUAUGCUUCGUCAAAUUUAGAUAAGACAAGCCAACCCCAGGCUUCUCCCUUCAGUUUUUUCACUAUUCCAAUUUGGGAAGCCUCUCUACAGAAAUUCCAGAGUGGGCUUGGAAGUGAUAUUUGGGCCAAAACCCUGCAUCAUUUGCAUGGGAUCUUGGGGUCAAAACAGUCAAACCGCACCAUUCCCUCGAGAAAGUUUAUGGCCAGUGUCACUUUAAUUUGUAUGAGGUUCCCUCCCUUCUUUUUACCCUUUUGCUUUUGCUUUGGUCAUAAUUACACUUGUCCGCCACUGUACCUGCUACCCUCCCCACGGAUGAUCUUCCUUAAUAACAGAGUUUUCCAGCAAUCUUCUUCUCUGCAACACAGCAGAGGUCAGAGACAGGUUCGGUUAGAAAGAGAGGAAGGGAAAGAAAGGGGUGAUUCCGUUUCAAUGCUUAGCCAGACCAAAUGGAUGCUCUUUUGCAUUAUCUUGCACGGUUUUUCCAAAGAUCCAAAACGAUUCAAGUUCAUGACUCCAUUGCUGCCUGGCUACCUGCAUCAUGUUUUUCAUCUGUAACAAACUGUCACAUCUUCUGUCUAUUUAGAUUUCAUAAUGGAUGAACUCAAAUUGGGGAAAUUGUAUAAGAAAAGAGUCAGAGAGAGCUAAUAAUGCACACCAAAGCCAAAACACAUUUUCACUCAAAUCACAUCGAGUAUCAUUACAUUAGAAAUCAGGAUAGAAAACCACAAAAACCUUAUUCUAUACGCUCUGCACACUGGACAACAUUGAAUAGGAAUCGAAUCAAGUGGUUAAUCCUCCUUUACUAUGACUUUUUUUUCUUCCUCUGUUUCUUUUAUCAUAUGUAGGCAAGCUGCCAAUGUAUAAUUACACUCUAAGGAUUUUAUAUAGAAGGUUCUGUACAUAAUUACAAAUCAAGGACAAAAACUGGAUCAGAAGGAUGGAAGAAGAGAUACCCGAAACCACUCCGGAUGAGAUGACAAACAAAAGAAUGACACACACUAACAAGCACACACUGUUUUUAAUGUGAGUAUUAAGGUAGUACUCUCUAGUAAGAAAAAAGGGAAAUUUGAAGAGAAAAAUUAAUGGGGCUCAGGACAUCUUAUUGGAUGUGUCUGAGAUGCUAGAAUGCACCAAAACAUUCUAAGCAGUAGCUGGGAAAGCAGAUCAUUAAAUGCCUUGCUGUAAAAUUCCAGGCCAAGAUGGCUGCAAUCCUAGGAUGAAAAAAAA